ACAUUGAUAACUGUGUAGCAGCAUGUUCAAGAUGUGCUGCUGUACAUGAUGAUAAUGUGGUUAAGAGUGAUGUAAAAGAUCAAGAAUCUCAAAGCAAUGAAGCCAACUUCAAAAAUGACAGUGAGGUGUUGGUUAUAAAUUCUGAAAUAAUUGAAAGCCUAGCAUCUGACACUCCUGAUGUCAAGGGUAGUGUUCCUACUGAUAAUAUGAAUGGUAAUUCACAAGAAUUGGAUCACAACAGCACAGAAAAUGAAAGUGAAGAAAAUAAUGACGACAAAUCCCAUGAAGGUGAAGAAACCGAACCAAGAAAGCCAGCACAAAGUGGGGUCACUGAACCUGCUGCAGAUUCUGAAGAACAAAAUGAACUAAACGGCAAUAAAAGUGAGCAUUGGCCUGAGGAGGAUGAUUCCAAUGAUGACUUGUAUCACAAGGAAUACAUUUCAAAGGAAACAGAGGAUAAGACAAAAAGCCAAGAAAUGGACAAGUCAAAGGUGCUGGAAGAGGAAGAAUUGGAUAGUCAGGAAGCAGCUGAUUCUGAGCAAGAAGCUAAUAUAAGGAAUGGUGAAUCUGAGGGACAACAGCAAAAUGAGGAGGGAAUUGACGAUAAAUCUGAGAUUGGAACAGUUGAGGAAAAAGUAAUAGAAUCUGAAGCUUCUGAUAGUCAGGACAUUUUAGAGAUUGCAAAAAGUGACAAUGGCAAAGAAUCUGAGGAAGGUGGUGAUAAGAACGUAGCAUUUGCAAAUGAAGUGCAAGUAUUGGAUCAAAAGAUAGAAGAAAUCAGAGUUUCUGAGGAGGAGAUUAUUAAGCCAGGCUUCAUUAUUGAUGAAGCAGCUUCCUUUCUAGGAUCAGAGACCACAGGAAAGGAGAAAGCUGCAAAUUUUGAAGGAAGAAUGCCUGACCGCACUGGUGAUAACAUAGGGCUACCUCCUGAAGCGAAGGAGCAGAAGAAAGAUGAUGAAGGCGAUGAAGCUGAGUUGGAGGAGGAAGAGCAGCCGCAGCUCCUGCUGCCUUUCAGAGAUCGAUCUCACAUUGAGAAAACACUACGGCUAGAUGAGAAGGCGCCAUCCGAUGAUUAUAGUGGUGUGCUGCAGCGGUUACGGAAGAUAUACCACAAUGCCAUUAGACCACUGGAACAAGCAUACAAGUACAAUGAACUGAGGCAACACGAAAUCACAGCCUACCCAGGACGUUCCAUGAACUCAUUCCAAGAUGGAGAAAUUGUGUCAAAACCAAUGGUACUGUUCUUGGGACCAUGGAGUGUUGGGAAAUCCACCAUGGUCAACUACCUCCUGGGACUGGACGAGAAUAUCUAUCAGCUUUAUACAGGUGCAGAACCAACUACAUCAGAAUUUACUGUUUUGAUGCAUGGGUCUAAGAUACGCACAGUGGAGGGAAUUGUCAUGGCUGCUGAUAGUACUCGGUCUUUCUCUCCCUUGGAAAAGUUUGGUCAGAACUUUCUGGAGAAACUUGUUGGAAUUGAGCUCCCACACAAACUGCUGGAACGAGUGACAAUCGUGGACACACCUGGAAUAAUUGAAAACCGCAAACAGCAAGAAAGAGGUUAUCCCUUCAAUGAUGUUUGCCAAUGGUUUAUAGAUCGAGCUGACCUCAUAUUUGUUGUGUUUGACCCUACCAAACUGGACGUUGGAUUGGAAUUAGAGAUGCUGUUCCGUCAGUUGAAGGGUCGUGAGUCUCAAAUCAGAAUAAUUCUAAAUAAAGCUGACAAUAUCGCCACUCAGGAACUGAUGCGAGUCUAUGGAGCUCUCUUCUGGAGCCUGGCACCAUUAAUCAAUGUCACAGAACCACCAAGAGUCUACGUUAGUUCUUUUUGGCCAUAUGAGUACCAACCUGAUACAAACCAAAACCUAUUCCUGAAAGAAGAGGUCUCCCUCCUGGAGGAUCUCAACCAAGUCAUUGAGAAUAGGCUGGAGAACAAAAUUGCCUUCAUCCGUCAGCAUGCCAUACGUGUGCGCAUUCAUGCCCUUCUUGUGGAUCGAUAUUUGCAGACUUUUAAAGAUAAAAUGACCUUCUUCAGUGAUCCUGAGCUGGUCUUCAAUGAAAUAUUGGAAGAACCAGACAAAUUCUACAUCUUUAAAUCCAUCUUGGCUAAAACCAACGUCAGCAAGUUUGAUCUUCCCAAUCCUAAUGUCUAUAAAGAUUUCUUUGGCAUUAAUUCCAUUAAUACUUUCAAAUUGCUGUCAGCACAGUGCUCAUACAUGGGAGGAUGUCUGCUGGAGAAAAUCGAGCGUAUCAUCACCCAUGAGCUUCCUGCUUUAUUGGGAACCAUCACUGCUGGGAAAAACCCAUCUCUUUCAUCCUGUGAUAUCACUGGAUGUGGAGUAACACCAAAGAACCGAUACAGAAAGCCCUGAACAAGGAGCUGUUACAUUAUUCAUGGGUGAAAUAGUUUAUGUCUUAUGUCCAAGAAGCCAUGGUUCAUUAACCCUUUGAGAACUGAGCUUUCGGCAUCCAAGAACCUGUUGUAUACCUUAAAAGAACAUUAAAACAAACUUUUAUCAAAUCUGUACCAUAUAUAACAGAAAAUAAGGAAUCACAAGAAAUGUUUUUCAAUGAAUAGCAUUCUCUGAACAAAGAUGUACCAACCUGGUCAUUUUUUGAUACAGUUUGAGAUUUAUAAAGGGCUCAGAGGGUUAAUUUAUUUGCAAUGUGGCAAGUGGUUAGCGUGUCUCAGUGCAUGUUUAGAAUAGAGCUUUGACGGCACUUCCGCCUGUUUGGAGCAUGGUGACUCCCAGUUCUUGCUGCUAACAUUUUGUUCAUGUACCUUUUUAAUUUCAUUCCCUCCCUCCCUCAUUAGUUAUUCCUUGUCACAUUGAUCUGCUUGCUGUGUUUAAAACACUAAGUUUCCACUUUCACCCAACCUAUUCUCUAGCUAAGUAACCAAGUUUCCCUCUCUUGCCACACCAGAUCAUUGGAUCAUCAUUAAUUCGAAUGUCAAAUUAUCCACAGGUCCUGAAAGAGGCCAUACAUGCUUUAAAAUGUUCAAUUACAGACCUUUUGGAAACUUAGCAACCAUUGCUUUUGGUUCCACUGCUGAAUCAUACAGAUUUUCUCAGAUGUCUGUGCUCUGAAGUAGCAAACAGAGAGUAAAGGGCAUUGGUGAGUAGGAAAAAAAAACUAUUACAAACACAAAAAACAGACUUUUACUUUCACAAGCAUUAGUUGUUUCAUGAAUGUUUAUCCCAGUCCUGGCAUAAGAUUAUAGGUUGUGGCAAACUUAAAGACAAUUGGAUUAGUUGUCUUUUCUCCAUUUUUGUUCCAUUCAUUUUUUCUUUCAAUUAAUCAUAUUUGAGCUGCCAAACAUAAUUGCCUGUGGAGUGGAUAUACCAAGUGCUUAAGACUGUUAAUCAGGACUCAUGCAGUCACUCUGCAUUCAGUGUUUCUUGAAAUACUUCACUAUUCUGUAUUUACAUGAUACAAGCAUUCUGCACUGAUAUCUGUAUGAUGUGUUAAUGAGUUUAAUCACAAAUGGUUUUGAGGUGCAAUCUUAUGGUUAUUCAGGUUAGAGGAUGACUUUAUAAAGUUCUUAACUGCACACAAGACAAUUUUGAAGGUGAAAUGUAUUUGUUGUAGGUCUAGAACACAGCACAGCUAAGAUGAAGACUACUCUAGAGAUAAUAAGAUUAUUUGUUGUUUCAGCUUGCUCUUUUCUCCAUUUCUUUUAAACUCACCUCCCUUUAUAGUUUGCCCAUUCAUCACUUGGGUUGUUAAUCUAAUGUAGCAAACUAAUCCACAUCAUGGUUUCCCUCCAUGACCUAUAGUUAUGGCACAUUAAAAAUCUCACAUCAUCUCCACUCAAUAAGUUUCCACUAAUAUGGUACUGAAAACAAUGACUCAGCUGUGGGAAAUGAAGAAGUUUCAUUUAAUGGACUAAGAAAUCAAUUGAAACAGAGAAAUGUGCACGUAAGUAGAAAGAGAGAGACAACUUUGAUAAGCGUGUUAAAAAUAGGCCUCAGAUCAGUGGGGAAUAUUAUGGUAUUUGUGUAAAAGUGACAAAAUACUGGUUAGUUGCUGAUCACUCAGAACAAACAAAUUUCAGUGGCUUGUUAAUAAAAGCCUGCAGCAUGAGAGAAUUUCUCUUGGUCAGUCAGAUUGAAUCUUGGACAGUCAGAUUCAAUUAGCAACAAACUAAUUUUUCUGAAAGGUUUCAUCUUGCAUCUUACCCAAUUCUCAGCAACAAUGCAGCUGGGUAGCCAGAAGUGAGCUUGGGCAACAUAGCAGGUUAAAACAAUGUUGAUUCAUUCAGUCAGUGGAAAACGAUGAUCAUAAGGGAUCUAAUGUAAUAUUCAAUUGGGAAAAUGAAGCAGUUGAGAUGAAGGUUCUGCAAUGCCCCAGACUUUGUUCAAAUAUACCCUGCAUUACAGUACAAUCUUCUCUAUUAUUUUAAAUUACUGGUGCUAAAAUUCUAAGAGGUGUAAAAGACCUAGCUGAUGAUGAUUUGGGGACUGUUGGUAAUGUAUUCUGUUAGCAAUCUACAUUUAUUUCAAAACUAUAUACUGUACCUACAUUCUUCCUGGACAAUGACAGAAUUUAUAUAAUGACAGAGUGUCAUUUGGCCUGUUAGUUGUGAUGGUAACUAGCCAAGUACAAAUCAUACAGCAUCCACAGAACCUUUUAAGGAUGGAAAAUGAAGAUCAUUAACGAUCUGAUAAUGCUAACUCUGACCUGUGAAUUCUGGAUCUUGGUGAAGUAUGACAAUUUGGCCAUAUGGUUUAGAUGCAGAUUUGGAGGCAUUAGGAUUGUUUGGUUUAAUUCAAACAGACAAAGUUGUACAUUUUUAAGCUGUGAAAGAUAUGCUGUUUAUAACUAUACUUUGCCAGAAAACAGUGCAUUUCCUGUAUGCUGUGCGUUUCUUACUGUUUGGAGAAAACCCACUUCUAAGCAAAUGAUCUCUCAAGAUAAUCAAGAUCAACAUGAUCAGUUGCAUGAGUGCAUGUUUUUGGUGAGAGGUCUUGCCCAUUGGAAAUAUACUGGGGCAUUGUGACCAGGGACUGCCAUAAGUUUAAUGGAUGCAAAAUUGUUAGAAAUGCACAUUUUUAUAACUUGCAUUUCAACCUUCUAAUUCUCAGUGUCCUCAUGCCCCCAAAUAAAUUCAUGUUAAAAAUUUGGAUUAACUUGGCAGUAAGAAAAUUUAUGCUCCUUUGGCUCAAAAAUGAAUCAUACUGUUUUGAACCCAAAACAGCAGGCUUAACGGGGCAGGAGGCGAUCAGCUAAAUCAAUAAGGGGAGUUUACAUCUAGCAUGGGGGUGGGUUGCAUGUCAGUUUAACCAUUUAUGGCAGUUACAGUGCCUAUUUAAAGAUUUAAUUUGGCUUCUAGGGAAUUUUAUUAGAUUGAACCUGAAUUUUGGAAUUAAUCUUUUCAGAUGGUUUGAUUGCAGGCAACGUCUAAAAUCCAAAAGCUUAGAAAUGUCCUAAAACCAGAUUUUUGCUGUUGAUAUUCAGGUUUAGCUACACAAUAAAUUAAAGAAUAAUGCAGUUUGUAGACAAUACAGGCCCUUCUAAUAAAGCUAAUUAUCAAACACCACAUUUUGUCCUUCAGUUUUAGUUUUCCCGAGUUAGUCUCUCACUUAAAUUUGCACAAAUCAGAUCUAUUUAACUGCAAGUUAGUUCCAUUUAAUACUAAAAGAUAGACUUGCUAACAAUUCAGUUCUUUAGAAUAAAAUGUAUUUUUUUGUGUACACUAACUCAGUUCUCCACCUGUCAUUUUCUCUGGAAACUCCUAGUUGUAGCCCACUCGCCUUUGUAAAGUAUUUGCAAAAUGUUUUUCUGCUCUACAGAGUACAGAAGUUUGAGUCAAUGCGGAAGCCUGAGGAAAUCCACUAAUAACUAUUAAAAAAUUAAGUCUAAAAUUACUGAUCUGAUGCCUCAGUCAGUUGAUGCACCAUGCACAUUUUCACUGGUAAACCAAGCAUUUAUUACGCAUUCAUAAUUGCCCUGAGGUGGCGAAGGUGAGCUGUCUACUUGAAUUACUGCAGUCCUAAUCAAUGUGACCUGUAGACUGUUGAAGGUGGAAGAAUCAGUUUUGGUAAUUCUCUGUUCUUGGAUAUGGUUAUUGAUUUGAACAUGAAUGUGAACAACCCAAAUGUGAAUGUUGUCCGCCUCUUCCUGGAUGCAAGUAUCUGUGUCAUUGUCUGAGGAGUUGAGAAUGAUACUGAACACUGAUCAUCAGCAAACCCCACAAGAUUGCACAUCAUGCAAAGGUAGAGGUAUGGUACUUGAUGAAGCAGCUACUUUCAGAAGUUAGGACAGGACUGAUGAAUUUAUUUGUAUUAAGUAAUUCCAAUACAACUAGGUUCAAGAAAAAUAAAAGUACAGGGAAACAAUUCUUCCAUAUAUAAGUGCUUGAGACUUUCAUAGAAUCUUCCCACUAUAACUUCAGCAGGAGAUUAAUCUAAGCCUUGGAGAAAAACAUUCCACUGAUCUGUUGCUUGUUAGACUGAUAGUGUGGGAGAACACCAUUGAAAUAGUAUUCAAAGAAUGAGAAAUAUAUCCUAAAAUUUCAGAUAAGCUUGCUGGCAAGAUACUGGAUUAAUGCUCCUCCUCUUGCUGAGGUUGAAACCCUAGCAGUACUAAGAAUAUUGAGGAUGCAAGUCUUGUACUCCUUACCUGGGAAAGAGAUGAUGGAAAUGUUGAUAUGUUAAAUAGACUCCUGUAAUUGACAAGGUAAUUUUAGUAUGUUAUGAACUCUACAGAGACAUAUAACUUUGAAAAAGAGAUUAGUUUCCCACUGGUCAUUGGAAGGAACCAAAAGGAUAAGAUGAUACAUUUUAAAUGUUUAUUGUAACAAAGUAAAAUCAAUAUCAAUUAAACAUUAAUUUGUCAUAUUAAUGGCCUGUUAAGUAAAGAACUACUUCUGCAUUAACUAACUUACCAACAUAACAAAAAGAGAUGUUUUGAAACACUUUCACUGUACUUCGUCAUUCUGGCAGAUAUAUAAUUGCAUAGGAACUGCUCUACAGUCACACCUGGUGCUCCAGCAGAUUUAAUAUUACCGACGUCAGGUUGAAAUUUCUAGUUGUCUUCAACAAUUGUUCCACUACCAGUAAGAGGUUUUUGGAUCUGAUUAUCACCACCAAGACAGAAUUCAUUCACUCCUUGUUCCUUAAAUCUUCAAGAUCUGCUCUGUUCCCUUUUAACAAAAUUUUUAACAAGCGUCCUGUUUAAUUGCUAACAUGAAAAGAAUAGCCGGUUU